UUUCUUACAAGAUAUGGGUAUGGUCCUAUAGUCACUGUGAAAUCACUCCAAACUCUUUCUGUUAAGGACUUUGUGAAAAUUUUCAGCUUUAUUUAUGAACAGUUUUGCCCUUCAUAUGACCUUUCGGGUUCCAAAUUUGAAGAAGAAAUCCCAAGAAUAUUCAAAGACCUUGGUUAUCCAUUUGCUUUGUCGAAAAGCUCUAUGUAUACAGUGGGUGCUCCUCAUAUGUGGCCUCAGAUUGUAGCAGCUCUGGUCUGGCUGAUAGAUUGUUACAAGUUGUUUACUUAUAUGAAAGAAAAACCACAGUCAUUUGAUGAAGAACAGAUUUUGGGAGAGACUGUAGAUGGAAUUUUGCAUAACAAGGUAUUUUAGCUCUUUCUCCCUAAAUUGUGGAAUGAAUAUU